GAAGCAAGGAAGCUUUUCCCUUUCCUCUCGUCUGAGUGAGGCCGUACUAAAACUGAUGUAGAAACCUCCCCAAUUCUCCAGAAGCUCACUGUCCUUUUAUUUACUCAGCAAUGGAAACUUCAUCUUUUAUACUUCACUCGAGAGCAAUCCCUUUUAGUUUCGCUCGGGCAAACAGCGUCAACGACUAUGGUAAGAAGAGAGUUUCUCUCAGACAUUUCAACAAACACCUUCAAUUGCAUCGACGCGAUAUCAACUUUCAGUGUCAUCAGGUCCACAAACCCAGCAAAAACUCCUUAAAUCCUUCUUUUUCACUGUAUCAGUCAUCAUCACGAUUAAAAUUGACGAGAAACCAUUUGAUAUCUCCUGUCAAAUGCUCUUACACCGGCUCUACAAGCACAGACUACCCACAAAACCACCCAUGGCUGAUGCGUCUGAAAAACCUCUCUCUUGAUGAAGUGAAAACGACCCUUUUGCAAUUAACUCCAGUUGAUAUCAUCAAGUGGUCUGUUUUCUUCUCGAUUGCAAUUGCAGCCGCAAAGUGGACAGUGAAUUUGCUCUUGGACCCAUUUUUCUGGAUGUAUUUUAGCUGGACGUGGUUAUUUUGGCCGUGGUUUGUGGCUAUAUCACUUGCGUUUUACGGGUUGUAUUGCUUUUAUAAACAUUCGUUGGGUGAAGCGAGCAUUUUUGAGCAACUUGCCCUUGUCACCUCAGUUUUUACUUGGCUAACCCUUGUGCCUCCUGCCCAUUUCAAUGGCUACCUCGAAGGAUGGCCUUUUGUGUUCUUCUUUGUGUACCAUUAUUUCUUUUUCUUCAAUGUUAGCGUGAGGAAACGUUUGUACGGAGAUUAUUUUGCUCGUCCACAUGACCCCAAGUGGGAUGUGAACCCACCCAAAUGGUAUCGCCUUGUCUUCUGUGUUGGUGUCAUGGUUAGUCAUUGGCUUGCAGCUUUUGAAGGGCCAGAGCUACACCUUAUUCCUGGUGGAUGGAGCAAUGCGGGGAUUUGGAUUUUGAUAGUGGUAACUUUGCUCAUGCAAUAUAACUCGACACUUUACCUUGCCAAGUAUUCAGAGAAGGUGGUGGUACCUACUGCUGUUGUGCAAUUUGGGCCUUAUAGGUGGGUCCGGCACCCAAUAUAUUCUUCAACAAUGCUGUUGUUUGCGACUUAUUUUCUUGCACUUCGUGCUCCUUUGAGCUUGUUGUUUGUGGUAGCAGUAUGUUUGAUAUAUUAUGCCCAGAAAGCAAAAAUGGAGGAGGUUCUGAUGAUAGAGACUUUUGGCGAGAGAUAUUUAGAGUACAUGAGCAAAGUUCGAUACAAGUUCAUUCCUUUAGUUUAUUAGGGCAAUCUCCAAGUAUGCCAUUGUUAUGCAACGUGAUCUAUUUUGCAAGUAGAUUUGUUUGAAACUAGAAUGGUAAAUGUUCAAUUAAAUAGUGCAAGUUUAUUCAUCAUCAUUAUUCA